AUGGGCUUCAGUAGCCACGCCAUUUUCGUCAAUCUUUUCCUCUUCGCGGGACUGGUUUCUGCCAACUGGGAUCCUGCAACUGGCUUUCUACAUGACUAUCGUCCAACCGCGGCUUGGCAGGCAAAAAACCCACCUGCGCACCAAUCGCCCAACAUCCAAGUCUCUGAAUGUGCAACUAAUACUCGCCUUAAGUACCCAAAAGUCCAACUAUUUGCUUGGUUUCAAGUCAAUCACGCGUCAGACGGGAAUCACGGCUGUCCGUAUGGUACUUGCUACGCCUACGCCGUGAGCCCUGCGCCGGCUGACCUGGAACCCAGCUUUACGGAUGGGCAUGUUUUUUUCUGGCAUGGAACAGGCGGACGUCCUGGAACCAAUCCACAGAGUGGAGCAUUCGGCUACGAAGUGAGUUUGAGUGGCAAAUACGUCGACGGACCCCCAGAUACCCAAUCUAUGCAGGUUGGACAUGAUACCAAUUAUCCUAACUUCGACAAGAGUAAGCUAAAACCGUGGUCACAAUCGCAAGUUGAUUCUUUCAAAGAUUCAGACCAAUCCCCCAAGCAACCCAAAUGCGGUCGUCCAUGCGAACCAAAUAAAGACCCAGGCUCAAAGCCCGGUGCAUACGGUGGGUAUAAGCCUGCCCCGGCAAGCGCCUACAAGCCACCCAAAGGAUGGAAACCCGGUAAAGGAGACACAUGUUUCGGCAAAGGAGGUCAACCCAUACCAAAGGCGGACAGGACAAAACCCGGAGAAGGAUCUCCUAACGGCAACAAGAAAGAAGGCGGCAAACCAGCGACUGACCAAAAUAGCAAGAAAGAAGGCGGCAAACCAGCAACUGACAACCCAGCGACUGUCCCAAAGGGCAAGAAGACAGGUGACGGCUCAUCGACUGACCCCAGGAGCAAGAAAGACGGUAGCUCAACGACCAAGCCAAAGGACCCAAACCAAGAUUGUGCCAAGUUCUGCGGUUGCAUUUCGGAGUGUAAAGAGGACAAAUCCUGCAUCUCCCAAUGCGACAACGACAAGAAGUGUUCUCCCAAAAGAUGCAAGGAAUCGUCUCCAUCGACAUCUUCUGAUUCCAAACAACAUAAAAAACCUGUCCGCAGAAAAUGUACCUCAGAUUGA